UUGCACGAUUUUUUUUAGUAACUAAUAAAGUAACAACAAGUUUUUGGAUCCAUUGGUAUAAAAAUAGGGUGAUGAUAAAGGUCGCAAGUUGCAACAACAUUUAGUUGUCACAAUCUUACGUGUCGCAGUUUAAUUGGUACAUAUAGCCACCACGUAGGCUAUGUGUCAUCAGAAUAUUUUUACUAUCAAUUCAAUAUUUUUACUAUGAAAAUAUGUAAAUAAGGUAUACGAUAUAAAUAAGGAAACAAAUUAGAAAAUUAAGAUGUUUCUACUUUUUUUGAAACAUCUAUAAUAUAUUAUAUAAGUUAAAUAUUUUAGUUUCCAAUUUAAAUCAUGAGACAUAAGCAUGCCAUGUCAUCAUUGUGACACGGCUUAAAGGUCGCAUGUUGCGACCUUUAUUAUUUUCGAUAAAAAUAUUUCGCAUCUCAUGGAUUGAACUUCUUUCUAACUUAAACCUAACUCAUUUCAAAUCUAAAUUAAUUAAAGUUCAGUAAAUUCUGAAUUAUCGAAUAUGCUUACAUAAGAGAGUAAUACGAUCAAUAAAUAUUUAUCAUUCUUGGCUAGCUUGACCUACCUAAGUAGAAUUAAUGAAUUAUCCAUGUGUUAAUAAACAAAAUGGUACACCAAUGCUAGUAGAGUAGUAGUAGUAGCAAUAAUUCUUACUCGUACUCAGUUGUUUGUUGCCCCCACCAACUUUUUUUGGUCCCCCAAUUUGCCCAAUUCCACCAAGCAACUUUCUUCCUCCCUACCCUUUUAGAGAGAGAAUUCCUCCAUUCCUUCUUCUCAUUUGUCAUCUCUAAUUUACUUAAUUCUAAGCAUCCAUUCUUUCUCGACGAAAACGAGUAAAAAUUAACUAUUCCCCCGAACAUUUACAUCAAUAAAAACAAAAUAAUCUAGAGAGAGAAACAUAAAUAUACUUGUACUGGUAGCAAAAGAGAGGAGGAAGAAGACUUCUAGAGAGAGAAAUAAUGUCUGGAGGUUGUAGGGGAUUAUAGGGGGCAUACUUACAACAUAUGGUCUCUCAUUUGCUCAGCAUCCCUACCUCCUCUCUUUCUCUCUCCUAUGCUCCUCGUUUUCCGCCACUUUUUUGCUCACCCCCACUUUACUUUUUUGGGUGUUGCUCCACUUUUCCGGCGACCUCGCCGGAAUACCCACUUCUCCGGUUGCCGGAGCUCUGAUCUCUUACUUUCCCUACUAUCUCUUUAGCUCACUUCUCUCUAAUUUAAGCUCAGAUCGCCGGAGAUAAAUGAAGGGGACGGCGGCGAAUUCCGCUUCGCAGCCUAGUAAUAAUAGUCCUACUGAAGGAGAGAAGAAAACGAUUAACCAGGAGUUAUGGCAGGCUUGUGCAGGGCCUCUGGUGAAUUUACCGGCAGCUGGGACCCACGUUGUAUAUUUCCCGCAAGGCCAUAGUGAACAGGUGGCAGCAUCUUUGAAGAAGGAUGUAGAUGCUCAGAUACCAAAUUAUACGAAUUUGCCUGCCAAGCUACUAUGCCUACUCCAUAAUGUGACAUUACAUGCAGAUCCAGAAACUGAUGAAGUAUAUGCUCAGAUGACACUCCAACCAGUUCCUUCUUUUGAUAAAGAAGCUUUGUUGAGGUCUGAUCUUUCACUGAAAGUACAUAAACCACAAACGGAGUUUUUCUGUAAAACUCUGACGGCCAGUGAUACAAGCACCCAUGGAGGCUUUUCUGUACCACGACGAGCAGCAGAAAAGAUUUUCCCUCCUCUUGAUUUCUCUAUGCAACCACCUGCUCAAGAACUAGUGGCCAGAGACUUGCAUGAUACUGUGUGGACCUUCCGCCACAUAUAUCGCGGACAACCAAAACGUCACCUGCUAACAACAGGGUGGAGCCUAUUUGUUAGUGGGAAGAGACUUUUUGCUGGCGACUCAGUUUUGUUUAUCAGAGAUGAGAAACAGCAUCUUCUUUUAGGCAUUAGGCGAGCUAACCGACAACCAACUAAUUUAUCGUCAUCAGUGCUCUCUAGUGAUAGCAUGCAUAUUGGAAUCCUUGCAGCUGCUGCGCAUGCGGCUGCAAAUAACAGUCCAUUUACGGUUUUCUAUAAUCCAAGAGCUAGCCCAUCAGAGUUUGUUAUCCCACUGGCAAAGUACUACAAGGCUAUUUAUGGUCAACAAGUAUCUCUUGGCAUGCGAUUCAGGAUGAUGUUUGAAACUGAAGAGUCGGGAACUAGAAGGUAUAUGGGUACAAUCACAGGUAUCAGUGAUCUCGAUCCUGUGCGCUGGAAGAACUCACAAUGGCGUAAUUUGCAGGUUGGUUGGGAUGAGUCAACUGCUGGAGAAAGGCGUAACAGGGUUUCUGUUUGGGAGAUAGAACCUGUAACAGCUCCGUUUUUCAUAUGUCCCCCACCAUUCCUCAGACCAAAGCGUCCAAGGCUCCCAGGAAUGCCAGAUGAUGAAUCUGACGUCGACAAUCUAUACAAGAGGACAAUGCCAUGGCUUGGAGAUGAUCCACAUGCUUUAUCAGGGUUGAGCUUAGCGCAGUGGAUGAACAUGCCACAAAAUCAAUCUUUCGCUAAUUCAAUGCAGGGAAAUUAUUUGAAUACCAUACCUGGCUCCACUCUUCCGAGCCUUCCUGGUGCUACUGCUGAGCUGUCCCGUCAAUUAGGAUUUACUGCGCCUCAGCAAAACAACUUACAGUACAAUGCUCAGAGACCUGUACAAUCAGUUCAGCAGCAUGACCAGCUCCAGAAGCAGUCAGGAGCUUUGAACCCAUUGAGCUCUCUUAUACAGUCACAGUCACAGCAACAGUUAUAUGAUGUUUCUCAGCAAAACUUAAACCAAAACCUGUCUUCAAGCCAAGUCCAAUCGCAGCUACUGCAGUCUCAGGGUCUUGUACAAAAUCACAGUUCACUUCAACAGCCGUCAUCUCUUCAAAACCAUCAGCUCCUGGGAAACCUACCGCCACAACAGCAGCAAACUUCAGGGUCUAGUCAGCAACCAAGCUUACUUCAAAUGCAACAAGUUAAUAAUGACAACCAGAUGCAGUUUCAACUUUUGCAAAGGUUUCAGCAACAACAGUCACUCUUAUCUCAGCACUCCGUAUUGCAGCAGACAAAUCACAUUAACCAACUCCAAGAACCGCAACAUAGAUCUCUGUUAGAUGUGUCUCAAAGCUUUUCUAGGUCAUUGUCAUCAUCACAAAUGUUGGAUAUGCCGAUGGCGUCUCUCCCUCCAUCCCAGAUCAUACCCCAGCAGUUGUCUAGGAGUAAUAGUCAGACAACCCUACACUUCUCUCAAACACCUCAGCUCCCAAAGCUACCGGAGCAGCAGUCUGGCAUAAUGCCUGAAAUGCAUGGAGUUGCACUCAAUCCUAUGUCAAACCAUCCUUCCACUGCAGUGAGCAGCAGUUUUGUAAGAGCUACUGCAGGUGGGCAAUCAGCAGUAACUGAUGAUAUUCCAUCAUGCUCUACUUCACCUUCGACAAACAACGGCCCUAAUAUCCCUCAGACAACUAUGAACUACCGAAGCUAUGCCUUGGGAGAGGGGAUAAAUCAGUCUUCUGCUAAUGUUUUAAGUUCUAAUAGUUUAGACACUAUGUCAGCUCAUAACUCGUUUAAAGAGUUACAUCAAAAAGUUGAGGUCAAGCCUUCUGUCAACAUUAGUAAGGUUGAAAACCAGGGACAUUUAACAUAUCAGAACAUCCCUAUGGAUUACUUGGAUACUUCCUCUGCUACUUCAGUUUCUCUCUCUCAAAAUGAUAUCAUAAACCAGAACAGUUCAUUAUGUAAUCCGCAGUCAAGUUUGUUAGGGGAUACUACAGGUCAUGAUGUGGAGGUUCAAGCUGCUGAUGUUAGAAACAAUAUUCACAACGGGGCUAGUAUUAAUGGUCAGCUGGGGACAUCCUUGGUUUCUGAUGCUAUACUGACAAAGAAUGUACAAAGACCUGAUAAGAAUUACUCAAAUAAUGUCUCUUCUGGUUGUAUGCUCACUACUUAUGAAAACUCAAAAGAUGCUCAGCAAGAGCUCUCAUCCUCAAUGGUCACUCAGUCAUUUGGUGUACCAGAUGUUGCAUUCAAUUCAAUUGAUUCUGCAAUAAGUGAUGGUAGUUUUAUGAAUAGGGGAGCUUGGGCUCCACCUCCACAGUUUCAGCGGUUGCGGACGUAUACAAAGGUUUACAAGCGUGGAGCUGUUGGUAGAUCUAUAGAUGUUACCCGUUACUCGGAUUAUGAGGAGCUUAAGCAGGAUCUGGCUCGGAUGUUUGGGAUAGAGGGACAGAUGGAAGACCGGGGAAGAGUUGGCUGGAAACUUGUAUAUGUGGACCAUGAGAACGAUGUCUUGCUAGUGGGUGAUGAUCCCUGGGAGGAUUUCGUGAAUUGUGUUCGCUGUGUAAAAAUCCUCUCCCCUCAAGAAGUCCAACAAAUGAGCCUAGAUGGCGAUUUCGGGAAUGCUUCUCUACAGAAUCAAGCAUGUAGUAGUUCUGAUGGUGGAAAUGUGUGAAUUUUAGAGCCAUACAUACUCUACCAAUUUAAUGCCAUAACCUCAUCAUUACAUGCAGACUAAAGUGAGAGGAUAGAGUUAGCCCUGGCAUAUACUUGUGCUGAUUUUUAAUGCAUUGCUGCUAGAUGGCUGCUUUGCAAGCCGAGUUUUCGCCUGAAUAUAGAAACUUAGCAACCAUUUCUCCUUCCCCUUUGAGGAAAGCCUUGUGGUAUCCAUGAUAAAUGGCCUGCCUUCAAAUUUGUAAUGAUGUAUGUUCUAGAUUAAUGUAAAUCUUCAUUUUGAUUUAUAAAGUAUCAAAGUUAUUAUC